AUCAAAACCAAUACGAUAUCAUAAAAUGCCGCAGAGUUAUAGCAGUUUGAAAAAACAACAAUUCAAUUCACGUGUAUUUCAAAUGGAAAAUCUUUCGACCCUCUGGGAAAGUACUUUAACUUAAUAUUAAGGGCUGAAACUUGCAGGGCGUUUCUUUUGCGAAUUAUUGAACCAAAUUUCAGGUGGGGAUUGAACAGAAAAAAUAGUCGCAAAACAAAAAGCACCCUAGUACACAUACUUGCAAUAUAUUAUUGCUGCACUUACUCGGGAAAAGAAAAACGUUCGGUAUCGUUUAUGGAUCAAAAGCGAUUGCUUUCGUGCAAAUGCGGAGAUACGAUUUUGGGAUAUUCUUCGGAAAACUCACUACUAUAUUUCUAAUAUUUCUAAACAUACUCGAUGACGGGUCGUUUUUUUCAUGACUUUGCGUACUUGACGCGAGACUCUACGUUGAUAUACGCAGAAUACUACGGGCUUAAAUCAGCAACGCGAAUAUAUAUUCGACCACUCCAUUGCUAGGAUGAUGCAGCGUUAGCAAAUAUUUUACAUGAGGUAUGUUAUAUACACGAGCAUUCCGGUCUGCUCUGACAUAUGAAACUUGGCUGAUUGUAAAGAAUCCGCAAUAGGAUAGCUUCGUCGAGUUCAAUAUGGCCGAGAAAUCACGCUGUGAAGUUACUUUGGUCACAGGUGGGGGCGGAUUUUUGGGACAACAUGUAGUGAGGCAUUUGCUGAACGAUGAGAAGGUGAAGGAGAUUCGAAUAGUGGAUAAAUUCGGGUAUAAGGAUUCCCUGGGUCUGGGGCAGACGAAGCGGUUGGUAAAUUUCGAGGCUGAUUUAUGCGAGAAAGAGAAAUACCGAGAGGCGGUGCGAGGCGUCGACGUUGUUCUUCACUGUGCGGCUUUAGUUUCCUACGAAUUUCCUGCCGACAAAAGAGCUCUGCACCGCAAUAACGUGACAGCCACUAAAAUUCUGCUCGACUUAUGCAUCGAGGAAAACGUGUCUCGAUUCGUUCACUGCAGCACCACGGAAGUCACCUUGCAACCAUGCUUCAGAGGUGGAAUCGUCGCGAUGGUCGUUUACUCUCAGGAAUCCAGAGCUGAGCCACCCAAAAACGAGAGCAGAUUGCUCUUCGGAGAAUACGCAGCGUCCAAACUAAGGGCUGAAAAAAUCGUUUGCGCGGCUAAUGGAACACCGCUCAAAAACGGUGGAAUUCUGUACACUGUUUCUUUGAGACCGCCACUGCUGUACGGGGAAGGUGAUAAAGGAUUAAUUUGGAAAAUUCUCCAAGUAGCAAAGACCCGAGGAAACUCCCUCAUUGAGCUGGCCGGAGAUGGAGGAAAGCAGCAAAUCGCUUACGUCGGGAACGCAGCGUGGGCGUUUAUCUGCGCCAAGAACGCUCUCGUUCAGUGUCCCGAGGGGAUCGGAGGACUUCCGAUUUUCAUAACGGACGACACGACGGUAGAAAAUUUGUUCCGAUUUUGCGAACGUUUGACCAGGAAUACAGAGCACCACGUUUCAUUGUCAAUGCCUGUGCGAAUACCGAUUUCUUACUUCUGUGCUUUCAUCGCCGAAAUGGUGAUGGAUUAUUUCCCGCUAGUUGCAGCAAUUGUCGGUCGCCGAAGAAUGCCGGUCUCGCCACGGUGUCUAGUUGCUUACCUCGGCUCCAUAAUUCUUCACAACAGGAGUCGUGCCUCGAUCCACAUCAAUUACUCACCGAUCUUCGGCAGGGAAGCUGCACUGAACCUUUCUUCGGGUUACUACUCGAAAAUCUUCCGCGAGUAAACAGACCAUUACCGCAUCAAAGAGAAGGGCUGGGCUUACAUUCGCAGGAAGGUAUGUACUGUAUGCAGUUGGAAGCGAAUAAAUAUGUCAUAUUUUUCAAAGUUCAGAAAUCCCAGAGAGCCCGCAGUAUCUCCAAUAAAGGUUAAAUAGUAGUAGUAUGACCACAAUCGUUAGGCGAAGAAACAGCAUUCGCAAAAAUGGCACGAACCCACAUUGGACCUGAUGCAAUGUGUUGAGCUUAAUUUUAGUCCGACCGAGAUCCGGCUUUAUGCAGAGCGUACUCUAGGGUAAUUUAAUUCUGGCAUAGACUCAAAUUAUCCGAAAAUAUUCAUUUCUUCGUAUAUAUACGUUCCCGCUACCAACGUAAUCAAGUGCGCGCGGGAUGAAAAGGCAUUAAAAUUCGAAUUAAUUAUUAUUUAGUUAUUUAAUUUUUCCUUGCGACGUUAUUUAUAUGGGUAUACUAUUGGAAUUAGGGUGAAAAAACAUAACACUUAACGGAGUUAAUAUGUAUAUGAUUAACUAUUACAGUUUAUUGCUUCGAAAACUGCGCUGUUUAACAAUAAAUACAUUGAAUUGAUCUAACGUAAGUUGGUUCUUUCUACAAUACAAAUACAUACAAUGGAGCGCGGUGUGUACAUGUAUAGAGAUAUAGUUGGUUAACAAUUACAUCAUUUUCAGAACAUGGUAACGAUAAGGUACAUGUAAUUCUGAAUGAUAUUCGACACGACAGUUGUCAUGAUUGGCUGAUUAUUUACUAAGACAUCGAACACACUCAUUAGUUUUAUUGUCAGGAUAUAAACUGUAUUCGACUUGUUCGAUUGUAUAUUUAUUAAAAGUUAGCCGAUGACUGUUAACAACGCGCGUCGUUGUCUUUGACAUAGGUAUUCGAUAAGAGAAAAUAAAACAAAAUAGCAAAAUCAAUGGAUGAUGAUUUAAAAAUAUAGGU